UCCUGACAGAGAACAUGGAAAGAUACUUUAUUUGAUCAGGUGCUUAAACGCUGUUUGUUAUAAAAAAUGGAUCGUGUGUAAUCACCCAGUAGUGAUUACAUCAGUAGUGUGUAGGGCAACAGAUAUGUUGCCGAUAUACUUUCUUCUAUCCGCCCUUCUGCUCAGUACCGUUGGAGGAGAUGCAAAAUGUUUGGGAUCUAUUGGAAAGUGUAGUGAGAUGAAAUCUAAAUUCCCAUUAUCUUCGAAUGAACAAUCUAUUAUGACAGAUAAUUUAACCUCUUCUUUUACUAAAGCAAGCAGUUCUAGUACGCAAUCAUCAUCAUCAUCAAGUUCUUUUGGAGCUGGAUCUGUUACUUCGAAGUCUUCUUAUUCAAAGCAAGGUUCCAAUUAUUCCUCAGAUGGGCAGUCACCAGUUACUACUUCCUCUUUUGAGAAACAUUCCUACAGUUCUAUGGAUAAAGAGUCUUCAGGCGAACGUGUACCAAGCGAAGACAAGCAGCCUGUCUUAAAAACUCCUAUCUCACUUGGAUUAAACAAUGGUUUGGUUGGUUUGAGUAGCCAAAGUAGUUCUUCAAGCAAUCUAUUCUCUGUUUCCUCAAGUAACAAGGCAUUUUCUUCAGAAAUAUUAUCUAAAAUUAGCGGUCAAAAUUUACUUCAAACUGAACCAAGCAUAGCAGUUAUUGAUACUUCCACGCCAUCAUUUACACAAUCAGAAAUAUCGAAGCCAAGUGAAAUAUUUUCAACCAGUGGUAAGACCAGUUCUUCUAGUUUCGCCCAAUCAUCCAGUAGCCAAUCCUCAUCGGCAAGUUCAAGUUCUUCUGAUCCUCAGGUAAUUUCUUCAAAUUCUUAUUUUUCAAAGCAAGGAUCUAAUUAUUUCUCAGAUGGGGAGUCACCAGUUACUAUUUCCUCUUUUGAGGAAAAUUCUUACAUUUCUUCGGAUAAACAGUCAUCAGGCGAAGGUACAGCAAGUAACGAUAACCAGCCUGUGUUAAAAAGUCCAAUCUCCCUUGGAUUAAACAACAGUUUAGUUUCAUUAUCAAGCAGCCAAAAUAGUUCUUCAAAGAAUCUAUCCUCUGUUUCCUCAAGUAACAAGGCAUUUUCUUCAGAAACAUCAUCCAAAAUUAGUGGUCAAAAUUUACUUCAAACUGAACCAAGCAUAGCAGUUAUUGAUACUUCUACACCCUCAUAUACACAAUCAGAAACAUCGAAGCCAAGUGAAAUGUUUUCAAACAGCGGUAAGACCAGUUCUUCUAGUUUCGAACAAUCAUCCAGUAGCCAAUCUUCAUCAGCAAGUUCAAGUUCUUCUGAUCCUCAGAUCAUUUCCUCAAAUUCUUAUUUUUCAAAAGAAGGAUCUGAUUAUUUCUCAGACGUGCAGCCACCAGUUACGCCCUCAUCUUUUGAGAAAAAUUCCUACAUUUCUAUAGAUAAAGAGUCAUCAUCUCAAGAAGGUGUACCAUCCAAAGACACCCAGCUUGUGUUAACAACUCCAAUCUCACUUGGACCAACCAGUGGUUUGGUGUCAUUGUCAGGCAGCCAAAGUGGUUCUUCAAAGAGUAGACCCAUUGUUACAUCAAACAGUAAGAUAUCUUCAUCAGAAAUAUUAUCUGAAAUUAAUGAGCAGGACUUAAUACCACCAGAACCAGUUCUUACUUCCACAGAAACCGAAGCAUCUACGCCUAUCAAAUUGUCUUUACCCAAUAACUUGACAAGCUCUUCUAGUUUCAAGCGCAUGUCUAAUAGUCAAUCUUCACCAAGUUCAAGUAUUUCCGCUUCUGGGUCUAUUGUUUCGGAUUCUUCUUUCUCAAAGCAAGGAUCUACUUAUUCGUCAGAUGGGCAGACACCAGUUUUUUCUUCCUCCUUUGAAGAGAAUUCCCAAGAUUCUUCUGAUAAAGGAGUGUCAUGCAAAGAUUCUCAGCCUAAGAUAAAAAAAACAACCUUUCUUCUUCCGAUCAGUGAUUUGAUAUCAUCUAGCAGUCAAAGCAGUUUGGAAAAGAGUCAGGCUUCAGUUUCUUCUAGUAAUAAGGUAUCUUCUGCUACAACGUCAGGAAUUUAUACUUCUGCAGCUAAAUCUACAAAUAUUGGAUCAUUUGAGCCCAGUGGCUUGUCUUCAUCCAUUGAUUUGACUGGUUCUUCUAGUUCCAAACAAUUUUCUAAUAGCCGAUCUUCAUCUUCAAGUUCAAGUUCUUUUGAUCCUGGGUCUAUUUCUUCAAAGUCAUCUUUUUCAAAUCAUGGGUCUAGUUUUUUUUCAGAUGGGAAGUCACCUGUUGCUUCCUUCUCCUUUGAAGAAAAAUCCAAUAGUUCGUCAGAUUAAGGGCCAUCACAUUAUGCUAAGACUCCUAGAUUGUGAUUUGGUCAGCAGUCAAAGAAGUUUCUCAAAGUCCUACUCUAUUUUCUCAAGAAAUAAGAAAUAUUCUUUUAUUUUCUAAGCAUAUUAUCCUUCAAAGAAUGUAAUUUCAAAUAUAAGCUACCUUCCUAUUAUUUCUGUAAGCGAUAAAAUUAUUUCAUCGCUGAGGCACAAAUUUGUUUCUUCAGGUCAGGGAUCAUUUCAGCAUAGACUUCAUUGAAAUUCCGGAACUCUAUAAGUCGAGAAAAUUACGUAUCAUCAAGCCAAGCCUAGUAAUUUUUUUAACAAAAAUACUUCUACUCAACCCCAGCCUACAGUACAUCCUCAGGGUCAAUCAGCAACUCCUAGAUUGUGAUUUGGUCAGCAGUCAAAGAAGUUUCUCAAAGUCCUACUCUAUUUUCUCAAGAAAUAAGACAUAUUCUUUUAUUUUCUAAGCAUAUUAUCCUUCAAAGAAUGUAAUUUCAAAUAUAAGCUAUCUUCCUAUUAUUUCUGUAAGCGAUAAAAUUAUUUCAUCGCUGAGGCACAAAUUUGUUUCUUCAGGUCAGGGAUCAUUUCAGCAUAGACUUCAUUGAAAUUCCAGAACUCUAUAAGUCGAGAAAAUUACGUGUCAUCAAGCCAAUCCUAGUAAUUUUUUUAACAAAAAUACUUCUACUCAACCCCAGCCUACAGUACAUCCUCAGGGUCAAUCAGCAACUCAAAAACAGGUCUAUCAAACUUCAAAAAUAAGAAAGUACCAUAUCGAUAAGAUGUAUUGCUUAAAUAAAAACUAUAAAAAAGUCUCAAUAGGAUUGCUUGACUUCAAAUAUAUUAUAAUGUUAAUUAUAUUAUGUCAUAAACGUUACUAGUACUGUUUAAAUAAAGUUUGUCUAGGAAGGCUGUUCUUAUAUUAUUUCACCAUUUGGUGUCCCUUUGCAUUACAUUCGUUUCUCAAAUGUUUUUCAGGUUGAAAAAAAAAGUAAUGGUAGUAAUUUUUUUUAUGGUUUCUAAGGAAUAGAAUGGUAAUAUUAAAAUGAAUUUCCUUCAACCACGAGAAGAAAUACCUCAAUGUGAAUGUAGAAAAACUUAAAGGAUGUUACUGUUUCCAAGAUGAGGAUCCAUGCUUAGAUGUUAAACAAUUUGUAUCGAUUAAUGUUUAAUCAUUGGGUAUUUCACUUUAAUAUGAUAGUAUUUCGAAUUACAGAUAUAAUUUUUAGUUAUUUCAGCAUGUAAUUUUUAGUCAUAACAGAGCUCGCUGAAGACUACACUGUUUUUCUUCUAAAACAUGCUAUACCACAAAAAUUAUGCUUAUUGAACGUUACCGUUAUUUCACUUAACAUUGUUCAACUAACACUAUGGGUGCUAAUUGCAAAAUAAGUAGUUUCGGGACAUUAAUAUAAGGUUGCAUAUCUGUCAACCAUUUGGUAACAUCAGUAACAGCGAUUUAGUAUGAAAACGUAACGAAUGUUACUAUUAAUCGUACAAAUUUAAUAUACUUUAUAUUAAUUGUUCCCACUACCGAUUGAUCAUAUAUUGAGCACUUAGAAACUGGAGGAUUUUAUAGGCAUUGAUGAAAUAAACGAAAAUCGUAAUUUUUGUUUUUAUUUUCUCAUGCUGACUUGAAGUACUUAUGGUUUUCUUUUAUCAUAAUUUUUUUUUUCACGGAACGGCCAUAGAGACCAUGCGAAUAUCAUAACAUUUGGCUUCUUUCUUGUUUUUCCUUUCUUUCCACUUAUCUCUCAUUAUCUCCGCGUGCCGCCGCUUUCUGUCCUCCGUCCACGCGACUUCCUUUCUCGAACUUUUCUUCUUAGCAAGAACCGUGAUCUCCUUUAGUUUCUUACCAUACCCCUCUCUAUCCAGACAGUCCCGGUCCGUUAUUCCAAGUCUUUUCGUUUCUUCCUUCAUCUGCCUGAUGUAUCCUCCCAAGCUUUUGUAUCUACGGAUUUUUCGGAAUAUUUCCUUGUUAAGUCUUUCUGGGGCCAUUCUUACCAUAUGUCCGUGGAAUUUCAGUCUCCUGAUCCUUAUUUCCGGUUCUAGAUCUCUUUUGUCCUUGUAUAUUUCCUGAUUGUAUCUUAGCCUGUAUCCUUCUUUUGUAUUUAUGGGGCCGUAAAUCCUUCUUAGAAUUCUUCACUCUAUUCUCAACAAUUUUUCCAGACUGGAGAGGCAGGUGGUUUCCGUCCCGUAUAGUAUCACAGGUUUAACAACUGUAUUGUAGUGUCGUAGUUUUGCUUCCGUGGACAAGUUUCUCUUGUUGUAUAUGUUAUUGGUUGCAAAACUUAGUUUUUCCAAUUUGGCUAUUCUUUCCUUGAUACUUUCUUUUUCCAAACCAUUAUUACAUAUAGUCUCACCCAGGUACUUAAAUUUAUUUGUUACAUUUAUUGAUCCGGAUUUGGUUUCCACUUCUUUCUUUCUUGAAGUCUGCGUCUGUGGUCACUAGCGGAUCCAGGAUUUAAUUUUGGGGGGGCUUGAGCCCGAAACCUUUUUUUUCAUAAAAAUAACGAUAAUUACUUUGCAAAAACAGAAAGAAACUAACUACCUAUAUGAAAUGGUGUUUAAGUUAUUCCUUAAGUACUAUUCAAUGUAAUUACCCGAAGAAUAAAACUUUAAGAGGUAUUUUUUAAUUUUUUUUUCCCAUAUAACAUGGUUAUAUUUUUCCAUUUGGGGGGGGGGGGGCUUCAGCUCGAAAGCCUCCCCCGUAGAUCCGCCUGUGUCUGUGGUCAUUAAUUUUGUUUUUUCGAAGGAGAUUUGGAGAUCCGCUUUUUUUUGGCUAUUUCCGUCAAUGUAUUUAUUUAGUCGAUUGCCUCUUCUUCCGUUUCCGCUAAAAGUGCAAGAUCGUCUGCGUAGUCAAAACACCUUACCUUGACGUGGUUGUUUUUGGUCCCUAUACUUGCACCCACAUCAUUGGUUUUCCACAAUUCCUUCAUUAUCCUAUCUAGUACCACGUUGAACAGUGUUGAGGAGAGACCGUCUCCUUGUCUGAGUCCCGUCCUUAUCCGGAAAGAUUUGCUGGUGGUUCCUUUGAAUCUUACCUUGGAUUCGGUGUCAGUUAGUGUUAAUUCUAUUAGUUUCCUGGUCUUCUGGUCCACUCCGUAUUCUCCCAGUAUUUCCAGCAGUGUCUUUCUAUCCACUGAGUCGUACGCUUUUUUAAAAUCAACAAACGAGGUGUAGAGGUUCUUUUUGGGCCUUCUUUUGUAGUAUUUUAUCAAUAAUUUUAGGCUCAGGAUUUGUUCUUGACAUGAUCUUCCCUUUCUGAAGCCUCCAUGACAUUCUCCGAUUUUAGGGUCUAUUUGUGGGUUUAGUCUGUUGAGUAGUGCUUUGGAGAAAAUUUUGUACCUGACGGGUAGUAGGGAAAUUCCUCUGUAGUUGUCAGGUUCUGUUUUUGUUCCUUUCUUGUGCAGUGGAUGUAUCAAGGCGGUUUUCCAUUUUCUGGGGAUUUUCUCCUCUAUCCAGAUGUCCAUCAUCAAUUCUGUGAUCUUCUUCCUGAAUUCAUCACCUGUUACUUUCCACAUUUCCGCCAAUACUCCAUCCUCUCCAGAUGCUUUAUUGUUUUUAAAUUCCGCGAUUAUUUCUUCUAUUUCUUCCCCGUUGGGUGGGUCCGAUUCCAUCUCCAGGAGGGUGUUGUCAUGUGGAGUCAUUCUCUGUUUGGGCUCCUCGCAGUUCAGCAGUUGUUCGAAAUAAUCCGCCAGUAUGUUGCAAUUUACCUCGUUUAUUUGUGCCAGUGUUCCGUCUUUUCUUUUUAGCACUAUUCCUGGGGGGAUGUAGCCUUUGACUCUUUGAUUAAAAGCUUUGUAGAAUAGUCUAGUAUCGUCUGAAACAUUCUUCCAUUUCUUCCAGCUGCCUGUUGAGGAAUUCUCUCUUUUUCCUUCUUAGUAUUUGGUGCGUAAUUUUUCUUUCGAUUAUAUACUUUUGAUAGUUCUCGACUGUUUUGUUUUGGUUCUAGCUUUUCCACACUCCCAGUCUUUUCCUUACUGCAUCUUCGCACUCUAUGUCCCACCAUUCUUUUCUUUUAUAUAUUUCUAGCGGUGCUAUUUCUUCCGCCAGGUCCGUCAUGUUCUUAGCCGCUUCUUCCCAGUUUUGUGGGGUUUCUAACCUUUCUCUACAUUCAUGUUUUUUUUUUCUUUUACCAGGAUUUGUCUAUCUAUUUGCUUUUUCUUAGGGUUUUUUGCGUGUUGAAUCUUUUUUGCUGGUACCAAUUUUAUCUUUAUUUGUAAGGGGAAGUGGUCAGAUGUUACAUUGAUUGCUCUUUUUACUCUGACAUUCUGUAUUUCCUUUUGGUAUCUUCUAGUGAUCGCCACAUGGUCCAGUUGGCUUCUCCCAGGAGGGAAUUAGGAGAUACCCAUGUUUUCUUUUUGCUGGGUUUGGCUUUGUAAUGUGUGGGCAAGAUUUUUAACCCUGCGUUUUGGCAUAGUUGUAUCAGUCUUUCUCCGUUCCUAUUUGCCCUCUUGUGUGCUGGAUACUCUCCCACUAUUUCCCUAUAUUUCUUUUCUCGUCCUAAUUGUGCGUUAAAAUCUCCCAGUAGUAUUUUUACAUUGUUUUGAGGUAUUUUAAUAGUCUCGUCUUCUAGACCUUUCCAAAAGUCCUCCACCUUCUCCGGGUCCCUCCUGUUAUCUUCAUUUAUGGGUGCGUGAGAAUUUAUUAGCGUGUAUUUUUUGUUAGUUGCUUUUAUUGUGAGGAGUGAUAGUCUGGAGUUGGUGCUUCUGAAGUCUGUCACUGUGUUUAAAAAUUUCUUUUCUACUACAAAGGCUGUCCCUAGGUGUGGAAUCCCUUUCAUGAUUUUCCUCCCUGGUUUUCCCUUGAGUAUUCUAUACCCAUCGAACUCUGUUGCUUCUGAGUCUGUGAACCUUGUAUUAUGCAAUGCCAUUAUGGAUAUUUUCAAUCUACGCAAUUCUGUUGUAAGCUGUCUGAGUUUUCCCACUUGUAUGAGCGAAUUUAUGUUGUACGUCCCAAUGUAAUAUUUUUGUUUUGACUUGAAUUUCUGUUGUUGGUUCUUUUGGUGCUCCGAUGGACCACCUCUCCGCUUCUCAAUGUCGGGCACCCUGGAAUCCGAUCGCCCGACUUGGUCUUCAGGGUAGUAUUUUCCGUGUGAAGCUCCUUCCAUGAUAUUGUAAAUGUUUAUUUUUGGGUCAGGUUACCCCGACUAAGUACAACUAGAGUAGUUAGCCCUAGAGGGUUUCGUUUAAGUUCCUCCAUCCCUAGCCUUCUAUCGAGAUUUGGUUUCCACUUCUUUCUUUCUUGAAGUCUGCGUCUGUGGUCACUAGCGGAUCCACGAUUUAAUUUUGGGGGGGGGCUUCAGCCCGAAACCUUUUUUUUUCAUAAAAAUAACGCUAAUUACUUUGGAAAAACAGAAAGAAACUAACUACCUAUAUGAAAUGGCGUUUAAGUUAUUCUUUAAGUACUUUUAAAUGUAAUUACACGAACAAUAAUACUUUAAGAGGUAUUUUUUAAAUUUUUUUCUCAUAAAACAUGGUUAUAUUUUUC